UAUUUGGCAAAAAAAUGAGCUUUAUAAAGCAAUUCUCCACAACACUUAUUCUCAAACUUUUAACAUAUAUAGAAAAAAUGCUUUCUUGACUGUAGUUACUACCCAAGUUUUCACUUUCUUCCCUUACAAUACACUUCUUUAUUCCUAAUCAUUUUAUUUAACUGAUUCCAACUUAUAAACAUCAAUGAUUAGCAUGAUCUAAUCAGAUUUCGAAAAUUAAAAAUGAUAAUCAUGGUAGAAUAAUUACAAGAAAAAAAAUCCAUGACCAAUAAUCUUGAUUCUUGACCAAUAAUCAAGAAAAUCCAUGACCAAUAAUCUUGAUUCUUGACUAAUAAGAAUCUUGUUUUCCUUCAUAGUAUUCUCACUACAUUAAUCUAGGUUUGUUGUUAGGCUUUAGACCAAUAAGCCAAAAAGAACUUAUAAACCAAAAGAAGGAAACUGGAAUCAACUUCUUUAUGCCCUUUUAAUCAAUUUAUAUUAAUCCGAUUAACGAAGUAAUUAUCAUAACCCAAACAAUAAUCGACAAGUUUGACUUAUAAAACAUGUAAUUUAGUGACCACCUUUUUCCCCCCUUCAAUAAUCAGACAACCAAUCGACAUAACUAUAUAAAAAGCCUCGUUGCAGAGGUAAAAAUUAUCGAUCAUUUCCGAAAUCAUGAUAACGUUAGCUAAUGUGUACCAUGUUUUUACUGCGAUCAUCCCACUCUACGUUGCGAUGAUUGCAGCUUAUCUUUCUAUCAAAUGGUGGAAACUUUUCACGCCGGAUCAGUGCUCGGGGAUCAACAAGUUUGUCGCAAAUUUUUCCAUCCCGCUUUUGUCGUUCCAGGUGAUCUCAUCGAACAAUCCUUAUAAAAUGAACUUGAAACUUGCGUCCGCCGAUUUCCUCCAAAAGCUUAUCGCAUUCGUCGUACUGGCAGUGAUUGCCAGAAUGCGAUCGAGAGGGAGCCUGAGUUGGAUAAUUACAGGUUUGUCCUUGUCCACAUUGCCUAAUUCACUUAUUCUAGGAAUCCCGCUAAUACGAGCAAUGUACGGGGACGAAGCGGCGGUACUCUUGGCUCAGAUAGUUGUACUGCAGAGCUUAGUUUGGUACAACCUUCUGUUAAUUCUUUUCGAGAUCGAUGCUGCAAAUGCAGUACCACCGUCACAAGUACCAGGAGAAUCGGAGAAUCCACAAGUACCGGAACCAAUUACGAACGGAGUAAAACAUCAAAGCGAAAGAAGCAUAAGAAUCAUUCUAUUGACAGUCGGAAAAAAAUUGAUCACAAAUCCCAAUACUCAUGCCACAUUGGCAGGGCUCGUAUGGUCGAGCAUACAUUUCAGGUGGGAAGUAAAAUUGCCUAAAGUGAUCGAGAACUCUAUAUUACUAUUAUCAAAUGGAGGGCUCGGAAUGGCUAUGUUCAGCUUAGGUCUUUUUAUGGCAUCACAAGCCCGAUUGAUUGCAUGCGGUACCCGAAAAGCAGUAUUAGCCAUGGCACUGAAGUUUAUAGCAGGACCAUCUCUCAUGGCAGUGCCUUCAAUCGCGCUCGGGUUAAGAGGCACGUUACUCAAAGUAGCACUCGUGCAGGCAGCUCUGCCACAAGGGAUAGUUCCGUUCGUGUUUGCGAAAGAGUACAAUCGACAUCCGGACAUACUGAGCACAGCGGUUAUAUUCGGUAUGCUCGUAGCGGUUCCGAUCGGAUUAGCAUACUACUUCCUGCUGGCUUUGUAA